AUGAACCGGGCUCACUCAUACGCUCAGGUUCCUGCCCAGGACUCCAGCAGCAGCAGCAACAGCAUAAACGACGACAUUAUCACCCCCAGCAACAAUGGCGGCGGCAGUGGUAGCCCAACUAGCGGGAUCAGCAGCAGGAGCAAGGGCAAACAAAACAGCAAAGGAUACGCAACCCUCCACAACGACGAUGAUGACGACGACGACGUCGCCGAGGAUAGCGUCAUGCUCCGACCUAUGACCACAGCCUCCUCCUCAGCCCCCCGUCGGUCAAUAUACCCCAGUCGCCGCCAGCACCGAGUCAACGACCACGACGACGAAGAGGACGACGACGAUUUUGAUGAUAGUGAGAUUUACGACCAUCAAGACGAUAACGAAAUCUCAGUCGCGCCACCAGUACAAGGAUCGUCUUCCGCGUCGUCCUCCUCUGCUGCUGGCCCAUCGUCAACAUCACUUAAUACCGCAGGCAACCGGGGAUCCUCGUCUUGGUUUGGUUCUAGCUCGAGGGGCAUGUCUGGCGCACGGACAACCAACCGGUCGUUCUUGGCCCGAUUGACAGGUAGACAGCGACCAGACCGGGAUGCCCGCAUUAUGAUCCAAACAACCAUGGACGGUGUAUUUUCCAACCUCUCUGCCAAACCCCGUGUCGAGAAGCCCAUUGAAGAAGAACUCCCUCCAUCAUACAAGUCCGCUGCGUUAGAUAUUUCGCCUGCAUACUAUGAGACGACAGUUAACUCCCCAGCUGCUGGCUUCUACAUGGAUGAGGACGAAGCCCUAGUGGACGGUCUCCCUGUCGGUGGGCUCCUUGGCUUCAUGUGGAACAUGAUAAUAUCAAUGAGUUUCCAGUUUGUGGGAUUCUUCUUGACAUACCUUCUUCACACCUCACACGCGACCAAGAACGGAUCCAAGGCUGGAUUGGGCUUUACCUUCAUGUCGAUGGGCUAUCAGAUGUUACAAGGCAAAUCUCUGACAGAAGAUGGCACCUCUCAGGACGAACCUUCGCUCGAUGCUGACACUGGUUACAUGGGCAACAUCCCUCCAGCAUCCGAGAUAGACCUGCCCCUCCAGUCGACGAGUGAAUACUAUUGGCUGUCGUGGUUCAUGGUCAUCUUGGGCGCAGCCAUUGUUGCCCAAUCCCUGUUUGAGUUUGCAAGGGCCAAGAGGACUCAGAUAGUGGUCAAUGCUUCCUCCUCCGAAGUAUUGGAGGAAUCCGUGAGUGCUAGUACUGCGGCAGGCGCGGCUCAGGCGUUUGCUUUGGCAAUGUUCACUGCACAGACCAGCCCCCAACCUGUACCUGCAUCGGCUUCUACCUCUGGGUCAGGAUCAGGAUCUACUGCAGGCGCAGCAGCGCCAGAAUCUACUUCUGCACCCCCAUCGUCUACAGCAGCAGGGGUAGCACCAGGAGAACCAAGUGGAUCCAGAACAGUAGUUGUAAUGAUGCCAUAG